AACUCCUAGAAAGGGUGUGGACGACUGGAGCCUUUCGUUGUUUGCUUUCAGGCAUUUGUUUGCAUCUUUGUUUUGACAGCCGCUAUGUUUGCGUAUGUCAGGUAUUUGUUUGAUGACGUACGGGUGGUUGUGCCUGUAACGGACAUUAAGAACUUUCCGGGUGAUGUGGACAUAACAGACCUCAACGGCAACGCGGAGUUUUCUGUGUUUAAGGUGUAUUGGGCAGGGGACAGAAAAACGCGUGGGGGAUAUUACGACGCGCAAGUCAUCUACCUUGCAGACGAUGAAGCCGACGCAAAAUGUGGCGGUGAGAGGAAGCGGCUGGGAAAGGCGCCACGCAUUGAAGCCAUAUCACAGCCGUCGAAAAGCAAGAAGGACAAUACUGUUAAGAAGAAAAAAUCAAAAAGAUCAAAAAAAGACAUGGAGACUGCGCUACUUCGGGAGCUGAGCUCCGAUUCUGAAGACGACUGCGUCAUACUGUCCUCAGAAAAGAAAGAGUUGGAAGUGAGGCUGGCCAGGUGUCAGAAAGAACUACGCCGAGCAAGAGAGGAAAACCUCCAUCUGCAAAAAGCACUUGUGGCAAAGGUCCUGGAAGCAGAUACAAUCAUUGAGAGAUACCACUGCAAGUGCUGCAGCAGAGGGAUAGAGCAGCACGUCUCUUCAGUGAGCACUGAUGACAUCGGAGCAAUGACAGUGCACAAGGCAGCUGCAGUUAUCGGCAGUGAAAGGAGGGGUGUCGUCAGCACUGCUGCAGCAGCUUCAACUGUUUCUGGCAGCCAGGAGAACAGCAGUGUCAGGCCUGCUCCAGUAGCUACAGCAGUUACUGGCAGCUCUCAUGCUGUGCCUUCAGCUGUUACUGUCAGCCAGACAAGCACUGGUAUGGUACCUGCUCCUGUAGCUUCAAUGGUCUCCAGCAGCCAGAGAAGCACUAGGAUUGGUAUCAGUCCUACUCUAGCAGGUACAGGCAACCAAAGAAGUGGUGUCACCUGCCCCACUCCACUAGAUGUUGAUUGGCUCAUGGAGGAGCCUAUAGCAGACCACGAAGUCCUUUUGCGGACUCCACCAUCAUUGGCUCGUGAAGUGCAACCCUCGGAACACUUCGUACACGAAGCUCACUGCACAGUGGAAAACAGAGCCAUGGUGCUAGAUGUGCCACGUGAAGACAGCACCGCUCCUGGAGACACGCACGGGGGUGAAGUUGAGAUGACAGACAUAGGAGGAGGAGUCACUGUUCGCAGUGCACAGUGGAAGCGGAUAUCAGCCCAAGAAAAGGACUCCCUGUUCCUGAAGGAGGCCCUUGUUCUGAUUUGGGGAACAGAGACCCUUAGAAACAGAACUGUGACGGGCCGGCCAUGCAACAAAUUGAAGUCUCAAGGUGUGGGACCAGUCGACCCUGGGCUAACACCGAAGAAACUGGACGCUUUGAAAGAGGCAUAUCGGAAGCGUCUGACAGCAAGAGGGGAGAAGGAAGAGGAGAUCACAAAAAAAAUGAAGAAAGUGCGCGAGACGCUAAACGAUAAAAUAAAAAGCUUGAAAAAGUGGCCAGGUGGUUAAAUUUAUAAGACCUUAUAUAUAC